CCCUGGCAGCCACCCUAACCUACAACACACUGAUCAGCUGUGGUCAGCCCAAGUCAGCUGUCGCGAGCUCAUCGGGAUCCGACGAGAUCUCCUCAACAUGAAUGUUGUGCUCGUAACUGGCGGCACGGGGCUUGUCGGUAGAGCUAUUCGAAGUGUCGUCGAGCGCGACGGGAGGGAAGACGAGAGGUGGAUAUUCGCUGGGUCCAAAGACGCAGAUUUGUGCGACAAGGAGAGCACACGGAGGUUAUUCGACGUUCACAGACCGACGCAUGUCGUCCACUUGGCUGCCAUGGUCGGCGGUCUCUUCCACAACAUGUCACACAAUUUGGACUUCCUG